CCUCAAACAUAAUAUGGAAGAAAAAAUUAUGAAUGACCAACCAACAUUAAACAUAGGAACGAUUGGACAUGUAGCACAUGGAAAGUCUACAUUAGUCAGUGCGAUAACCAAAGUCAAAACAAUUAAAUUUAGAUCAGAACUUGAAAGAAAUAUCACAAUUAAAUUAGGAUAUGCAAAUGCAAAAAUUUAUAAGUGUAAUAAAUGCCCAAGACCCCAAUGUUACCAGGCCUUUAAUAGUACCUCACCUAAAACCAUGGAAUGUAAGUGUUUAGGAACUCUAACUCUGGUUAAACAUGUUUCAUUCGUUGACUGUCCAGGACACGAUGUUUUAAUGGCUACCAUGUUGAAUGGUACUGCUAUUAUGGAUGCAGCCAUCCUUUUAAUUGCUGCUAAUGAGCCUUGUCCUCAACCUCAAACACAAGAGCACUUGUUUGCUGUAGAAAUUAUGCAGUUAAACAGAUUUAUCAUUAUUCAGAAUAAAAUAGACCUUGUUACAAGAGAGCAGGCCUUGGAACAAUAUGAUUCUAUCCAAGAGUUUCUUCAGACUACUACUGCCAAUAAAAGUCCAGUUGUACCAACUUCUAGUCAACUUGGUGUAAAUAUUUCAGCGGUUUUAGAUUUUAUAGUAAAUUAUAUUCCAACGCCUGUUAGGUCACUUAAAGAAAGACUUAAAAUGGUUAUAAUUAGAUCUUUUGAUACCAAUAAACCAGGUACUCCAAUUUCUGAGAUAAAAGGUGGUGUUAUUGGAGGCUCUUUAGUAUCAGGAAAGCUUAAUUUAGGAGAUAAAAUAGAAAUAAGACCCGGAUUUAUUUACAAAACAAAAGAGAGAAUAAUUUGUAAGCCAUAUGUUACUGUUGUAUGCCAACUUAAAUCUGAGAAUAAUAAAUUAGAAGAAGCUUACCCAGGAGGGUUAAUUGGUGUAGAAACACAGCUUGAUCCUUCAUUAUGUAAAUCUAAUAAGUUAGUAGGUCAGGUAAUGGGAAAGUUUGGAGAACUACCACACAUUUAUUCUGCAGUUAUAAUAGACUUUACACUAUUUCAGAAAAUUGUUGUUCAAAGUAAGGAAUGUAUUGUAGAGCCUCUUAAGUUGAAAGAAAAAUUAUUUUUGAAUAUAGGAAGUGCUAAUACAGGAGCAAUCAUAACAAGUUUAGAAGGAAGUCGUGUUAAUUUCAAACUUUUCUAUCCAGCAUGUUGUGAUAAAAAUGAAAGAAUAGCUAUUAGUAGAAAACUUGGAGGGAAUUGGAGAUUAAUAGGUUAUGGUACGGUGUUUGAUGGGAAACCAAUCAUUCCAGAUUAUAAUUAUGUCAUAAGUGAGACUCCAGAGAAAUAAAUAAUUUAUUAAGAAA